UUCCCUUUUGCAGUCGCUGUCUCUGACAGUGACAACGACACGAUAUACGAAUGCAUGACGGCGAAGAGAAUGUGGCUGCUACCGGAAGAGAGGAAGGCGGAAUACAUUUAUCUUUUUGGAGGUCAUGGUGGGAACUCAAAACGAACGGUUAGCUUGUACUUGUUCGAAGGAAGCAGCCCUGACACAUUUCGCUUCUCAUUGGACUCGGACGAGGCGCCCACAAAGGAGGCGAAGUUUUACUAUGUCGACUAUGACAACUGCGUUGUCCUCGACAUUCCGUUCAACGGACCCCAAUGCAUCCUAUGGACGAAAGAAACAGCCAAAGAUUUGGUGCCCCAAAAAUGCGUGGAUGAGUUCAUGAAGCAUUGUGGCGUCGGCGCACCGCUUUACAAAGAUGACCUUUGCAGUGGUGAUGAAGUCGCCGAAUGGUGAUGGACGUGUAGCACCAAGCCGAGUUGCGAGAAGACACUUUGUGUACACGGAAUGGCAUGGAGUUUCUGAUCUGCCGCAACGCUGUCAGAUACAUGGAAGAUUUCUGGCUAUGGUGGUGCGAGAAUAGAACGUUUGAAAACAACCCAAUACGAAUGAAA